GUUUCCUACUCAAUCCAGGAUGCCAAACUUCAGCUUUCUGCUUGCGAAAUAUGAAAUAUGUCAUCAAGCUUAGACUGAGGCUAUAGCAGAAUCACCAUUAAUGACAUAUUCCACUUACCUUCACACCAGCAUUAUCAGAACCCGAGGAAGCUUUCUGUCACAACAUCAUAUGAAGACAACGAGAAGAUAAGGAAUUGACCAAAUUGAGGAAUCAUUUAACAACAGGAAGAAAACUAAUAUCAACACUAUGUGUUAAUAGAAAUGGAAAUCCAAUGACACCAACAAUGCCCCCAAGUUUCACAGCAAAGUGAAACCUUGAAAAGUCAGCUUCCUCCAUGUCAAACUUGCUGAAUCAUAUGAUACAAAAACUCAAUUCUUCAACAUGAUAUAGAUAAAAGCAAUUGUUCAAUCACAAAUGACAUAAAACAAAGAGGCUCAAACAUAUCAGCCGAAAGGAUCAUGCACAAUACAAAGUUACCAUGUCAAUAGAAAAACAACAUACAACUAGAUGACGAAAAGCAUCCUCCAUUGAUGCACCUAUUAACCCCCAUAGAAAAUGUUAAAGAAAACAGGAUAAAGUGAGCAAACAAAAGCUUCAAGGGCAGAACCUUGCGUCAGUCAUUACUUGAACCUUCGCACCACCGCCAUGCAGAUCAUUGAAGAAGAGUUUUGAAGAGGACAAACAUUUAUUCAUGAUCUAUCUUGAAAAAUCAAUUACAGAAAAAGAGUCGAGCAAGGUGAAUCUCAAAAAAAAAAAAAAAAAAGAAUAAACAUAUUAAUGGCAGUUCAAUACCAACCAAAGAUUCAGAUGGAUCUUCAAGAUGCUCUCCAUUGUUCAGGCUCCCAAACUUGUCUACAUACUCAUCAAUGGUUAGGGUGACAAAAAACCUUGUGAGGAUAAGGAUUUUUCCCUUCAGUCUUCUGUACUUCAAGAUACCUGAUUCUAUUCUCAAAUUAUUGCUACAAGAGAAGAUAGAUAUGUUCAGAAAAGGAGAUAAUAUACAAAAUAUGUGAGAGAACAUGUACUAGCAAAGCAAAGCCAAUAGCAUGGGGUCAAUAUCCUCUUCACCUUCCCCCAACCUAUUGAAUCCAUGAGACCAUAUGAAUGGUCAUAUCUUCAAUUCAUCAAACACAGUAGAGUGAGAUAAGAACAUAAACACAAGUGCAUUGGAAUUUGCAGAAACUAAUAACGAUUACCAUUGGGGUAGGUUCCACUACUUUGACAUUUUUACAAUAGUAAUAUGGGCAAGAUAUCCCAUCUCAUCCUAUCAAACCCAGAAAUUAAGUGAAUAUGCCGCAUAACAAAUCAUUUGAACCUCAAAAAUCAUGCUAAAGAGUAAAGAAUCUCAUCACCCCUCCAAUAAAACCAGAGUAUGCAUGGCAGCUAAAGUAGCACAAGAAGAGGGCAAUUCCUAUUCUUCUCUAGAUCUUAUUUACACAAUAAUUAUUACCAUGUCUUGGUUGAGGCCAGAAGUAUUCAAGAUCACAUCAUCAUCUCCCAAAAAGAAGCCAUUGAUCAAACGACUCGUCUCCACCGUCAGUGGCGAACCCAGGAUUUUUGAAGAGGGGUGUCGCCUAAUGAAUGAGUAUUGAUUAUAAUUAUUAAAACGGUGUCAAAAAUCUCGUAUUAAAAUUUUUUGUACAAAAAAAUAUAGGUUCUUCACAAAAUUGUCGGGCGAAGGGGUGUCGGACGACACACCACGCAACACCUAGGUCCGCCCCUGUCCACCGUCAAGAAGAAACUCUACCUCCUCCGCUUUCAACGGUACCCAUGCCUCAGCUCCUGGCAGGAAGAGCCAAACACCACGUCCACCCUCCCGACCGUCCUCUCUGCUGGCGCUGCUCCUGCCAACAGUUUUUGUCAUCAUCGGCGGAGUUGAGAGAGGUAAAUGUUGGUAGUGAUGAUGAUCUGCAAGUGGAUGAGAGUGCAGAGCAGUUUAUAGGGAAGAUGAGGGCCAUGAACAUAGAGCGAAGCUAAGAGCUACAAACACUAAGAAAUUUUAUCUGUAACCUAACUAGCAUGAGCUCGUUGGCGCGAGGGAGGGAAAACAAAGCGAGGAAAGCAGAGAGCGAGCCGGGGAGGGAGACAAGGAAGAAUAUUAACUUUAGCCUGUCAACCUAUAAUCGAGCGAUAUCGAACAAUCGCAUGUCAACCUAAUCGGGCGAGGAAGGUUGGAGAAUCGACAGCCGGAGUGAGCGAGGAAGAUUGGAGAAUCGCCGGACUGAGUAAGCGAGGAAGAUUGGAGAUCCGAUGGCCCGAGUGAGCGAGGGAGAUCAGAAUCGCCCUUUAGUCAGGAUGAGUGAGGAGGGAGAUCAGAACCGUUUUUUUUUUCUUUGGACAACUUUGGGUGUCGUUUUUUUGUAUUUUGAAUUGCUAAACAAAUAUUUCAGCUGGAGAAAUGGAGGAGCGGAUGAAAUUUGGUUGUCUAUAGCAAGGGUUUUUUAACCCUUGAACCAAAACAUUGGUACAAUAAAUUCUGUAAAAAGUAGUAAGGGGUUUGAAACCCCUGCUACAAAACCCUUGGCAUAGGAGCUUUUUUUUGCAGUGACCGCCGACCUCAUCCACUGUCACUGAUGUCGUCUUCGCCUCCUUUGCUCGCCUCUUCCGGUGUGUGUCCUUCUGCUACUAUACUCUUUCACUCCUCCCCUUCGUUUUUCAGAUAUGUGAUUUUUGGAUUUACGUAUCUGAUUUUUUCUUUCUUUCUAGUGGUAGUGAUUUUCUUCUGGUAGUGGUACCAAAUGAUUGUGGUCACUACCACUACCAGCUAUCUGUAGAUGGUAGUGGUAGCGCUGUACUGGUAGUGGUACCAAUGGUAGUGGUAGCGUAUCACUAGCGCACUGACGGAGUGAUAAUUUUUUGCAGGUGGCCGGAGCGAUUAUGAUUCAAAUUUCGCCGAAGAAAGUCUGUCGGUCGGAAAGUCAGCCGGUCGGAGUGGAGUGACUGCUGGAAAGAAAGAAAGAGAUAGGAAGAGAGAGAAAUGUAUUUAUUGUAGGAUUUAAAUUAAAAAAAAUAUAUAUUUAAUAUGAGUUUUUAAUUUCCAAUUUGUAAAUAAUACAAAAAAUUAUUUAAUAAAUUCAUUUUUUUGUCAUACCCAAAAUGCCCUUGGUUGUAAAUCUCACAACCUCUUACAGGAAGUGAGCCGCCCAGAAACUAUCCGCUCUUUUUUGCACUUAUAACAACCAUCAUAUGAUUGGAAAUUUGAAAUCCGUAUGAUUUCAAAACAUUAUAAAGUUGAAAUUAUAAAACACAGUGAGGGCAAUAUAUGUUGUCCCCGCCACAUCAUUGUCUGUGUUUUGAUAUUCCCAAAAUAUCCUAUAUUAAUAUAUAUAUAUUGGCUACUUCGGCGCACUCAUUUUUUUGGGUGUACUCAGUGCACCCAACUCUAAAAGUGUCCAUAAUACAUCAAAUUUUGAACUUUAAUUAGUACUCUCAAUCUAAUAUGAUGAUAUGACAUAGAAUCAUAACAAAUCAAUCUAAUACCCUAACCCCUUAACCUUCAAUUUUGAAUCCCAACCCAAAAUCCCAAAUUGUAAACCUAAACCCUAACCCUAAAUCCCUAAAUCCCAAAUCCUUCGAAUUAAAGUAAAUUUUGAAUGAUUUGUUUUUCAAAUUCAUGUGCUUAUUGUUCAUAAUAUCAUAAGCAACAAUUUAUACAAUUUUGACAUGAAUCGCAUGCUCAGAAUACCAAUUAUGAGGCAGGUGUACUGAGUGCACCCAAAAAAGUGAGUGCACCGAAUAGACCAAUAUAUAUAUAUAUGGGGUGGUGUCUUCGGUGCACUCACUUUUUUGGGUGCAUUCAGUGCACUCGCUUCAUAACGGUCAUUUUAAACAUGCGAUUUAUGUCAAAAUGAUGUCAAUCAUCACUUAUGAUGUGAUGAACAAUAACGCACAUGAAUUUGC